CAGCCCACUGCUAACAACCCUGAUCCGCUGCUCUGACGAUAUGAUCCAAACACGCUAUUUUCUCGUGUCCUUUUUAAUCUUUUCUGUCAUUUUUGUCCUAGCUUUUGGUCAAACGUCAAACCCAGUAACAAACUGCACUGUAAAAUCCAACACAACCUGUGAUGAAUGUCUAAAGAUUGUUUCGUGUUUGUGGUGCAUCUCAAGUCAGAAAUGCAUAGACUAUCCAGUAAGGAACAUUCUCCCCCCUCACAGUGUGUGUCCCCUUUCAGAUGCACGAUGGGGGAUGUGCUGGGUGAAUUUCCAGGCUCUCAUCAUUACCAUUUCUGUGAUUGCGGUGGUGAUCAUCAUUGCCAUAUUAGUCUGUUGCUUCCGUUGCUGCAAAUGUGAAAACAUCGGGUCGAGGGGGAAUGAUGAGCACAUAGAAAGGCAAGCUAAUCUGAGAAAACUACGCCACGAGGAGAGAAAAGUUGAGAUGAGGCAGAGACAUGAUGAAAUUCGAUUGAAAUAUGGCUUGACAAAGGAUAAUCCAUACUCCCGAUUUGAAAACAGCUAAGCAACUUUGUUGAUGCCUUAUUGUUGAGUUGCAUUACUCUUGCUGUAUAAAUCAACAUAUUACCUUUUAUUCCAAGCACUCCUUUUCUUUCUAACUUAAAAAAAAAACGUACUGAUUGUACUGCUUUGUGCUUUCCAAAGCAAUUAUCAGGCAAACACAAAACAUGCAUCGACUUGAAUUUUAAGUUGAGACAUUGUGAAGCCUUGUAAAUGUGUAGCACAGUGGUGACUUUUUGCAAAUGUAUGUAAGUGUUAACAUGAAUUAACCAAACCAUAUUGAAAGCAUAAAGGUCACAUGGAAAUUACAGAGUGUACUUUGAUCCUACCUGUUUUUGCUAUAUGAACAAUAUAUGAAAUGCAUUUGUUUAGCUCUUCUCAAUAAAUGUUUUAGAUGUGAAUCUUUUAAUUUGACAUGAUAGGACCUGCAAUAUAAUCUGCUGUGUAAUAGACCGGUUUUAUAUAUCUAAAAUAAAAUUUGGAAGAUUGUAUACACACAAAAUUGACAAUCGUUUAUCUUUUUUUAUAAUGUGAAAUAAAUGUGAGUUUGUCAUGAUUUUUAUCGCUAGCUUUUUGUGACCAAAGAUUUUCAAUGUUAAUGCAAUAGGACCUAAAUUGCUUCAAAUUAACUGGAAUAAAUAAAAAAAUGAAUAAAAAUGA